GUCAAAUAAAAACAAAUAAAUUUGCAACCAUGAAAUCACUCACCGCCAUUUUUCUUAAUUCUCAACUCCUCCUCUUUUUCCUCCUCACCACCGCCUUCUUCUACCUCUUCUGCCCCACCGCCGCCAUUGGAGUUAACUACGGCAUGGUUGCAGAUAACCUCCCUUCACCCGCGGAUGUUGCCAACUUCAUCAAAACGAAAACUAUUUUCGACAGCGUAAAGAUCUUCGACACCAACCCUACCGUUCUGCGAGCCUUUGCCAACACCAAUAUCACGAUGACGGUCACGAUCCCAAACGGGGAGAUCCCCAAUUUGAACAACGUAGGGGCGGCGACGGCAUGGGUGAACACCAAUAUUAGACCUAUCCAUCCACAAACAAAGAUCAAAUUCAUAUCUGUAGGCAACGAAGUGGUGCUUCUUAAUGAUCCUGCUCACAUUACUGGUCUUGUGCCAGCAAUGAGGGCUCUUACAGGUGCAUUGCGUGACGCUGGGCCUGAGUUUCAAGAUAUUAAGGUUACAACAGCACAUGCCCUAAACAUGUUCCAAGGUGUAACCGUUCCAAGUUUGGCCCGGUUCAGGGUCGACUAUGCAAAGUCAUUCUUUGAACCAUUGCUCCUAUACCUUCGAGAAACCAAAUCACCACUCAUGAUCAACCCUUACCCAUACUUCGAAUUAAACGUGAUGGAAAACAACGUGGACUACGCCGUUUUCAGGAAAACCCCUGGCGUCUUCGACCCUUUCAGUAAAAAAACAUACAGCAAUGCCUUCGAUUCGCUUUUGGACAAGACGUUUUCGGCCAUGUUGGCCGCCGGUUUCAAGGAUGUCGACAUCGUCAUUGGCGAGACCGGUUGGCCUUCGUUGGGCGAUCCUGGGAACUUCGCUGCUACCGUUGAUAAUGCGGCUUCUUACAAUGGGCAUUUGAUCAGGAAAAUCGUUUCCGGCAUCGGGACGCCGUUGAUGCCGAACAGGACGUUCGAUGCUUACAUUUUUGCAUUGUUUAAUGAGAAUCAGAAACCAGGUCCUCUUGCUGAGAAGAACUGGGGAUUGUUUCAACCAGAUUACACACCCGUUUAUGUUUCUGGAGCAUUGCGCGAUGGUCCUGCCCCUAGUCUUAACAAUCCUAACUUCACGGUCGAACGCCGUCUUCGUGUGCCGAAACCUGGAGUUCCCGAUGACCAAUUGCAGAAAAACUUGGAUUUUGCCUGCAGCCAAGGAGCCGAUUGCGGUCCGAUUCAACCCGGUGCGAUUUGUUCCAAUCCGGCCACUGUCGCCUCUCGUGCUACAUAUGCCAUGAACUCUUUCUUUAGGAUUAGAGGUGUUGAUACUGCCUGUGAUUUUUCCGGCACCGGCCAAAUCACGACAGUCAAUCCAAGUUAUGGCAACUGCCGUUAUCCUUGAAGAAUUGAAUGAGAUAACGGUACCUGUUAAGCAAAGGUUUUGCUGAGCUCAAAAAACUUUAGCUGUACAAAAGGAUC